AUGUCUCUGAUCACCACGCCUAGCUGGCAUAGCGGAAAUCUCACUUCGCUUCAAGAGCCCACCGCGUUUCAAGUAUCCCGGAAUCACACUGAAGUACUAAGAUCAAACCCCAUUGUGAUCGACUCCACCAAAAGCCCAGCCAAAAAUGCCAAGCCAACUCAGUGUCGCCCGUCUGGGGCUCAUGUGCACUCUCCUCCUGUCGCUGCUCGUCGCGGUCAAAGCCCCAAGCGGACACAGCAAAGUGUGUACCAUCUGCGCGCUAGACAGGCCCGGUCUUCGGGCCAGGAAUCUCAAGUGGUAUGGCAGCAUGAUACAAAAGCCAUGCGGAGAGCUUCAUACGCCUGUGAAUGGGUGCAAUAGCAUAAUCCCUAUCAAGGUGUACUUCUGCGGUGA